AUGUUUGGGUUUGGGAAAUAUGGAGAUGGGAGACUGAGUGAAAUGAACGUUCUCGAAAAUGAAAUGGAAGAAAUGAAUGUAAAUAAUUGUAAUGAUGAAUUAUCAGAAGACAAUAAAAAAAAAAUGAACGAAACAGAUGAAAAUAAAACGAAUAUAUUAAAUAAGAAUGGAAAUGUAGAGUAUUAUAGUAAUAGAUAUGAAUGUAAAGGAAAAGAAGAAAAAGAAGAAAAAGAAAAUGAAAUAAAAAAAUAUUCAUUAAAUUGUGAAUAUUGUAAUACACAUGUGUAUCCAAUAAUUAAGUCUUAUAGUCCUUUAUUUGUAUAUCUAUUAGUAAUAAUAUUAUUUUUAUUUAUUUCAUUUUUUACUAUAUUUUUAUUACCAAUUUUAUAUCUAACUUUUAAAGAAAAAAAAUAUAUAUGCCCUAUUUGUAAUCGUAACUUGACCUCAUUAGAAAGCUCAGUUAAAAUAACAAGAGAAAAUAAAAUAAUAACAUUUCAAUUUCAGAAAUUUGCAAUAAUUAUAUCCGAAAAAUAUUUAGCAUUAUUUUUAUCAUUAAUAUUUUUAAUAUUUUUUUUUUAUUUUUUAAGAAUAUCAACAAAUAUUAAUUUUGAUAAUUUAGUUAAAGGCCCAAAUAUAUCAGUUACAUGGAUUAAUUAUUUAGAAGAUUGUGGAAACAAAUCUCAAUUUAGAAACAGUUUUAAUAGUACAUAUAAUUUUAAAAACAAAUAUUAUGGAAAUACAAUUAAUUGGGAAGGAAAAGUUAUUCAAAUAAGAAAAGGUUUUUUUAGUAGUAAUGUAUUAUAUAUUAAAAUGAACCCAUCUGAAUAUAAAAAUGAUAGACCAGAUGUGAUGGCAAUUUUUAAUGAUUCUUUGAUAACUCAAAUUCAACACUUACAAAAAAAUGAUAUAAUAUCUUUUGAAUGUACUUUUAUUCAAAUUAGUAGAAAUAAAGAUCCACAUACCUGUCUAUUAUGGAAUAUUGUAUUAUUAAAAAAAUAUAAAAAUGAAAAAUAUAAUGUUAUGAAUUUUGUUAAGCAUAUGUCAAUUUUUGAUAUAAUAAAUAACGACACAAUUUUAAAUCCUUUUUUUAUUAACCCAAAAGUUAAUAUACCUGAAUCUGAAACAAUACACCCUAUUGAUAUAUAUGAUAAUGAUUCUAUCAAAAUCAUAAAUUUGUCAUCAGCAGUCCCCAAAGUUGGUGAUGUUAUGGUAGAUGACGAAUAUAUUGUUAAUGCAGAUGCAGAUUCAUAUGCAGAUUCAUAUGCAGAUCCGUAUGCAGAUUCAUAUGCAGAUCCGUAUGCAGAUCCGUAUGCAGAUCCAUAUGUAGAUGAUACAGAUGCAGCAUCUAAUAUUACUGAAAUAAACUACAUUAAUCCAAGCCCAAAUAAUUUAAAACAAGCUAUGUAUAGACAGGUUCUAAAUGAUAUACAACUAAAUGAAAAAUAUAAAAUGGACAUUUUAUAUGACGAAUUAUAUGAUGACAAUGGAAAUAUGAAUAGAGUAAUUGGCAUGGAUAAUAAAAUAAAGUUAGCUUUAAAAGAUAUUAUCGAAAAAUCUGAACACCAAACAGUUUUAAACUUAAUAGAUGAAAAAUAUAAUCCUAAAUAUAAUUUAAAAGAACUUGAUUCGUCAUAUAUGGAUGCUGAUUUGCUUAAUACAAUCUAUGAUCAUGAUGACAAUAUGUCAUAUUUCAAUGAAGAAGAAAACGAGCUUGAUUCUGACAUCUACGAUUCUUUGGUGGAUGAUUCUAGAGCCGAUUCUUUGGUGGAUGAUUCUAGAGGCGGUUCUUUUAAUUCCCCUUUAUCGAACAAGCGAGAAAAGUACAAUAUUGAUAAUAUUAACUUCGAUAAAAAUGUAAAUAUCUCAAAUUAUAAUUCUAAUAAAGAUGAAACGAAUAAUGUUGAUGAUGAUAAUUUAUAUGGAAAUGAAAAUCCUGACACAAGUGAAAGUUCUACAUUGUAUGACAGAAUCGCAGAAAAGGAGCAAUCUCAGGUAGAAACUGGCAAAAGCGCAGAAAGUGGAGAAAGCGAAGAAAGCGAAGCAAAUAGCAAAAACGAAGCAGAACCCAAUUAA